AGUUGGGCGCGAUCGGGUGACGCGAGAGCUUUUUUCGCGAGUUUGAAAGUCCGCACCACGCGGGCGAUUGGAUUGGUUGCGCGAGUGUCUGUUGUGGUUGUGCAAGGCUUUGCAGAAAGGUCGCGUUGAUCGUAGCGCUCCGUAGCUCAGGAAACGCGGUCUGCCGAUUAAUCCAAGUAAAAAAGUCAUCCGCCACCCACUGUCGAGCCAAUAAAAAUCUCUAUACUCAUCGAGAAGGAGCCUCUCCUUAUACGUGUUUUUUCUCCGCGGCGAGUGCGUAGCGCGCGCAGCAUAUACACAGUACGCAGUCCUUGGCUGAUGAUAAUGAGCGCGCUCGGUUGCGCGGCAAAACACACACACACACACACACACACUGCAGACGACGUCGGACGCUCCGCCGGCGCGCAGCUCGUCUGUUCUUUGGCUCCUUCUCAGUUCUCUCCCUCCCGCUCGCAAAAGUCGAUCACAGAGAGCCAGAGUCGAUCUAUUAGGCGCGAGAGAGAGAAAGAGAGAGAGAGAGAGUCAGGGAUCAGUCGUAAAUCAAUCAAUCUGCGUACGAGUCGCUGAUUAUUACAAGUGAGCUGCUGUUUCCCAUCUCGAGCUCGAGCAGUCGAGGAGUGAACGUCGCCGCGGCUUUUUCGACGGAGAGACAAGUUUUUGCCCGCGAAUACACAAGUGUACGUGUAACGUGGAUUGUGGAUACUUUUAUGGACGCUUUGUUGGGGUGAAUCAUCCUUGAUCAGCGCUUCCCGACAACUCGACAACUAAUCCAGCCGAUCGAUCAGCCAUCAUCUCGCCGAGAAACAAUCGUAAUUACAGCGGACGAUGUGGGUCGCGGUAGCCUCGUUACGUCGACUCGGCAGAGCCAGCGCGGGUACCAGCUGCAGCGCCUGCAACGCCGAAUCGAUAGCUCCUCCUCGUCCAUCUGCAUCGUCGUCAGGCCUGUAAAAUCGACAAAACAGGGCCAAUCGUCCGGCUGUUACAUCGCGUUUGAUCGGCCAGCAGCAGCAGCAGCGUGUGUUGUAAGCCGGUGGCCGAGCCGUCGCCAUGGCGACGCCCGAGGACGACUCUGCGCCGACAACUAACAUGGCCGUCGACGAGGACUCCGGUGCAGCCAGUCGCUCGCAUGGCGAUGCUCUGCUGCGUCUCGAGAAAGGCCGCCGGCGGCAGCGACAACGCCGACGCGGCCCGCUGUCGGGCCUCCGCCGAGUUGUCCCGGUUCGUCGAGGUCUGCCGCGACCUCGGCAGCAGGAGUCAGAGGAACGAGGAGGACGAGGCCCUCAGGAGGCUGGACGAGGCGGUGCUCGACGUCGCGGCGGUCGCCAGUAGCUUCAGCAGCUUCCGCAGGCUCGAGACCCUCGACGAGGAGACGCCGGAUUUCGCCUAUGCGCAGCAGCCGGAUGUCCUGCUGCCCUGCGCGGUCUGCGCGCGCAAGUUCAACCCUCGCUCCCUCGAGAAGCACGUGAAGAUCUGCGAGCGCACCGCGGCCCGCAAGCGCAAGCCCUUCGACUCAGCCAAGCAGCGGAUCCAGGGCACCGAGCUCGCCGAGUUCCUCCCGAAGCAGCAGCCGCUGCAGCCAGCCGGCCCGGCCAAUCCCGCCCCGCCGGAGCCCAGGAGGUCCAGCGGCGGCCAAGCGCACGCGGAGGAGAGGCUCGCAAGCAGGAGGCCCAACAACCAGUGGAAGCAGUCGCGGGACGAGUUCCUCCGCGCGAUUCGCGCCGCGCGCGGCGACAACCCCCAGCGGACGUCGCACCAGCCGGCGAGCAACUCCCAGCAACGGCCCUCGAGCCUGUCCCUGGUCAGCUCGGCCGGAGCUCCGACGCGAUCGAACGAGAAGGGCCAGUGCCCCACCUGCCAGCGCCAGUUCGGCGUCAAGUCCUACGACCGCCACGUGGCCUUCUGCAAGGAGCGCUCGACCCGGCUGCCCGCCAGUCCCCAGACCAGCAACAACGUCGCGAAGGAGCGCCUGGAGGCCAGGAUGAAGUACCGGGCGCCGGCCUUGAAGAAGCGCAGACCCACCAAUCGAGAGAAGUACUCGCCCGGCGGCGCACAGAAGCUCGUCGUCCAGUCGCCGCUCUUGGCCAGGUCGGCGAUCAAGGACGCCCAGGUCAACGGGCAGAAGAACGCCGACACCAGCAGCCCCAAACUGCCGAUGCUAAAGCGACCGGGCCAGACGCACAGCAAGGAGUCGCCUGUCGGACCGAUGAAAUCCAGACCCAUCGACCGCUCGAACAGACAGUCCGACUCCCAGGAAUCCCUCCCGAACACUCCCGUGACCAAGCAGCUCUUCUCCUCCCGCCGUCUCAUCCUUCUCUCCGAGGUUCUCCCCUCGAAGAUCCUGCCGCCCAAAACCCCGCUGUCGUCCGCCUCGUCCCAGAAGUCAUCCGCGAGACUGGUCUCCCAGUUGCCGAGCAAGGAGCUCAGCGAGUCGCCGAAACCGAAAACCGAGCGCAAGUUCAGAAGGAGCUCGAGGAUGAAGCCUCGGAAAAUAGUGCCCGACCAGGAGGACGAGGAAGCCGAGCUCGAGAGCACGGGUAAUCCGGCGGAACAGAGCCACGACUACGUCAGGUGGAAGCAGAUCCGCGAGGACGCCCGCAGGUGCGAGAGCAUCUCGAAGGUGGAGAUGCUGUCGGACCUCGCGGGGCUGUCCAGCCUCGAGGAGGGCAACUCCACGACCGACGAGUUCGAGUACAACGAGCGGAUGGUCCGCUCGUCCCGGAGCUCGAGCGCGAGGAUCGAGGAGGAGCCGUCGAACGAUCGGACUUGCGCGAUCAAAGCCGCGGAGCUGGAGCCGCCGAGGAACGACGAUUCCGAGGAGGACGACCUCUCGAGCGCCUCGACAAAGACGUUCCGAAAGAGCGAGGCCGAGUUCGUCGACUGGUUGGAUCUGUGUCAGAGGAACGGCAGCGAAGAGUCCAACGAAAAUAAAGCAGAGGAAGCGCCGGCCCUGUCAAAAGAGGUCAGGCAGAGGCUGCCCGCGCAGCAGCCGAACAAGUCUCACAGCAUGCCAAACAUCGCGGACAUCCGAGCCGGGAAGCGCAACGCUGAAGCCCCGGAGAGGAUCGAUCGACGCCAGCGCGAGACCGAGACGCAGACGAGCCCGAACUGCUCCAGCCGGCGCUGCGCCACUUACGUAAUCGACGAGGCAUCGCUCGGUAACUCGAGUCACCGUCAGCGUCUCGAAAAAACGGCCGAGGCAUCCCUCGAGAGCCGUCGGAAACUGCAGCCUCCUCCCCCUCCUCCUCCUCCUGCGCCGGCGGCUAAAAAUGAACUGGAAAAAACGCCGCGGGUCCCGGAAACCCGGCACCAAAAUAAAGCCGAGCAGCGCCAGAGCUUCGUGGUCUUCGACUACUACAGAAACGCCGCGGCGAGCGACGCGUCGAGCGUCGUCGAGCCCGAGGAGACGCUGUCGUUCGACGAGGACUUUGCCGACGAGAACGAGAGCAACGCCUCGGAGCUGAUCAAGGAGAUCGACUCGGGCAGCUUCGACGAGGCAGACCCGAUGGCCAGCAGGACGAAGAGCAGGCCCUGGACGGGCGCGAGCUUCGCCGAGGAGCACUUCGAGAAGGAGAUCUGCACCAUCACGCGGCUCGACGGCGGCGCGGCUCGCCAGGCUCUCCUCCUGCCGAGCAUCGAGUGGAAGGGCCGCUUCGAGUACCACCGGGAGAAGAUCGUCAGGGCGAAGCCCCAGUCGAGGAUCGUCGAGCUCGACAGCCCACGCCGAUGCUCGCACUCGGAGCGGCGGAGCCUUCUUCGCAGGAGCUUCGAGCGGCUGCCGCGCUGCGACUGGAACAGCUACGUACGCAGGCAUCCCGACUUUUCUAUGAUUCUCAGAGGUAGAAUCGGGGCCGGCAAGGACUACAACCCGUUCCUGCUAGCCGAGCAGCAGCUGAACGACCUCUUCUCCGACACGAGCGAGCAGUCGUCGACCGACGGCUCCGGCAUUUGCCCGGCCGAAAAGCCCAAUUCCAGCCCCGGUUUCCCCCUCUCCCAGUCCUCCUCCGCCUUCGUCAAGUACCCCAACAACCCCGUCCCCCUGUCCCCGUCCCCGAAGCAGCAGCAGCAGCAGCAGCCGCAGCAGCAGCAACGCAUCUCCCUCAUAGCCCCGCCCACGGGCUUCGACGACCCGACGUCCUCGGACCUGUCCAGCGACUGCACCGAGACGAACUCGCUGUCGCGCGAGCUGCUGACCUCCUCGUCGAACUCGAAUUCGCUGCGGCUCGAGCGCGAGCACGUCCUCGGCCGGCGAGUGAUCGUCGAUCCGAGCCAGGCCCUCGGCGGCGGCGAGUUCGCCCCGCCGGCCGUCGAGCCGGCCCAGAAGAUCGCGGGCAACGGGCCGAACUCGAGUUCGACGAGGCUGGUCCGGCCGCUGGCCAACCGGUCCAACUCGAUGCGCGCAUCCUCGGCCCCCAAGCCGCCCGAGCGGAAGAUCUCGAGCUCCUCCUCCUCGGGCGGCUCGGACUUGGCGCGCGACAACAAGGCCAAGCAGAACGGCCAGAACUACAGGAACCAGCUGAACGCCAGCAACCUGAGCCUGAGCUCCGUCAUCUCCUCGACGGACCUGGAGAUGAAGCGCUCCAACUCGCUGUUCGAGGAGCUGCUCAGCUCGUUCGAGGACGACGCCAACUCCACCUCGAGGCUACCCUCGCUCGUGUCGCUCGUGCGAACCGACCCGUCCGUCUUGUCUAGCACUCCCCAGGGCAACGGGCACCGCCAGAGGCUCAACGGCAGGAUCAACUGCAGCGUCAACUGCAGCGACGACGACGCCGAGCUCUCCUCGCCCGAGAGCAUCAAGCGGCCGGAGUGCGGCGGCAAGCUCAGCGCCGACUCGGCCUACAGCAGUCUAAAUCGCAAAUAUUCCAACCACCACGGACGCAGUGCCAACGACGUGAGCGGCAAGCUGAAGCUGUCCAAGUUCUGCCACGAGUGCGGCGCCAAGUUCCCGGACUCGGCCAAGUUCUGCUGCGAGUGCGGCGUCAAGAGACUCACCCUCUGAUGCGGCUUUCUACCGGCCAUCGCCGGCAUAGUGCGCGAUUGAGAGAGACGUCCAGACUGGAUGAUGCUGAAUCGAACGAGCGGAUUUUCAAAUUUCAUUAUCGUAUACUAGAGGCGCGCUUUGAUUCUCCGUCAUCCAGGACACACUGCAUUUGGAAGAUGCAUUUUUAUACUUGUAAUAAAAAGCCGCCUCUUCCCCGGGCUGAGGCAAUGAUUUUUUACGCGAAUUUAUACUUAAACUAUGGGUUAUACUAGCCGGCACUUUGGGCGUGCCACCGAAUGCAAUUUACUACUUAUAUCCACUACGUACGCGUACUCCGUUAAGCUCCGCCGCGACGGAAAUCUUUUUGCGGCUCGCGACCGCUCCCACUAAAGUCAAUUAUACUGGAUUUUUCCUUUUCAUUCGAACUGAGUAUCCGCGUAUAUAUACUUUGCCCAUGUGUUCAGACGACGCACACGUGGACCGGAUUUUUCGAAGAAACUGUCAUAAGUGUCUCGUACCACAAUAAGCUAAGAAUAAAAGCAGACCCUACAAGUGUGUUUUAUCGAAAACCGUCGAUUAUAAUGUAAAAGUGUCGCACAAAGCAUAAACCAGUACUAAAUAAAGCCUAUAUACUUUUUCACUAUUCAGUUUUUGUUGCCACUGAUAAGUUUGUAUGCGUAAACGAUUCCCUCGAUUCGUUGGACCUUGUAACAAGACUGACAGCGAAUACGCGUAUCGCAUCUUAUCUGCCAUAUUAAUCGAAUUAACCAACGUAUAAUUGUCCGCUUGAGAAGUCGCUGUUAUGAAGAUGAUGCACCAGACGACAAGUUUUUUUCUUUUUAUUUUACCGAUCAUCAUCGAUUAUCGAUCAGCCGUUUCAUUGAAAUCGAUGUUUAUCAAUUUUUGCUCUUGUUCGAAUCUCGCGUAAGCUGCGUUGUCGAGAAGAACCGUUACGAAGAAAAAAAAUAAGGUUUAGAAAGUAUAGGCUAGUCACUGUUUGCAAAACUAAUAUUCGUAACCUGAAGAAUGUAUAAAAAAAUUUGUAAAUAAGAAUAAAUCAAUGUUUCUAAUCAAACGCGAAUGUUCUUCUGGUCAACCGGGAAAAACGCGAAGGGGCGGAAUCCUCGACGCAUACUAAACUAAAUAGUCAUGUUCGCUCGAGCGAAAGCGAAGCUAACCAAGCUGUGUUUUAUUUUUUAAUCGUAUUCGAUAAUAUCAUAAUGUAAGCGAAGACAGUAUGUAACGUUCACCCAACCAAGUCGUCAACUGUAAUCGUACACAAUUAUAUCGUAUAAUUAUUGUAUACCCGAUUUAUCAUUAUAGAUGAGAUGUAUUUUUGCAAGUGCAAUAAAACCAGGCUUGUAUUUACCUAUAUA